AUGUCUACAUUAGAAUCAAUAUCAAUUCAAGGUAUAAGAAGUUAUCAUCCAGAUGAAAAACAAACUUUAAAAUUCCAUAAACCCCUAACAUUGAUUUUGGGGCAAAAUGGUUGUGGAAAAACUACUAUAAUUGAGUGUCUAAAAUAUAUUACAUGUUCAGAUCUACCAAGAAAUGCAAAUAAAGGAGGUUUUGUUUGGGAUCCUAAACUAUCAGAUCAUCAUACUGUUAAAGGCAAUGUUAAACUAUCAUUUCAUGAUACUAAAGAUACUCGUGUAGUGGUUUCAAAGACUUUGGAAUCAACUCAAAAGUUAACAACUGUGUCUACAAAAUCGCUCGAUCAAACAAUUUCUAGAAAAGGUCAGAGCACUUCACACAAAUGUGCUGAUCUUGAUGAUGUCAUGUGUACUUAUUUAGGUGUUUCAAAAUCAAUUUUAAAAGAUGUUGUUUUUUGUCAUCAAGAAGAUUCUAAUUGGCCUUUAGAAGAAGAUAAGAAGGUAAAAGAAAAAUUUGAUUCGAUAUUUGAUGUUGGAAAAUAUGACAAAUGUAUUAAACAAAUUCAAAUAGAAAUAAAGGCUACUCACGGAGAUAAAAGGGCAUGCAAUAAUAAUAUACAACAUUUAUGGAAAUAUCGAGAAGAAGCACGUAACAAAAGAGCUACCCUCGAAAAUAAAAAAUGUAGUUUCGAUGAACUGCAGCAUAAACUGAAUAGUAUUGACAAAGAAAUGAUUCCAUUAGAAGAAAGAUACAAGGAAAUUAUGAAUAAAGAAGAACAUUUUUGUUCUCUAAAAAAUAAAUUAUUAACUUCUGAAGGAAAUCUUAAAUCUAUUAGAUUAGCCAUAAAGGAUUUGAAAUUAUUGAUUAAGGUAGAGUUUAAAGGAAAUGACUCGGAUCUUGAUGAAGCACUAGAAAAUUUUAAUAAUAAUUUGGUCCAAAAAGAAAAAGAUAAAUAUAAAUUAAGUUGUCAAAAAAAUGAUGCAAUUACUAAUGAAAAUAAAAUUCAAGAAAAUAUAAGCAAAGAACAAAUAAAUUUAGGAAGAUAUCAAAGUGAAGAAAAACAAAACCUGAACAAUAUAAAUAAACAAAAUGCAAAAAUAAUUGAAUUAGGAAACGAAAUGCAGAUUAAUUUGCCAGACUUAACUGAGUUCAAUCGUGCACAGGUGAUAAGUAGUCUUUCAGCUAACCUAAAUUGUAUGAACGAUAAAUUAGAAUCUACACAAAAAGAACACAGAGAAAUUGAAAAUAAGUUGCAAUCAAAUAUUGAUUCAAUAAGGGUAGAAAAAGCUAAGUUAGAUCAAGAAAUUAAAAUCAAAGAAAAACAAAUUUUGGAAAAUACUUCUGAAAUUCAAAAAUUUAAAAAAGAUAUUGAUCAAGUAAGACAUUCUGCCGAAAAGUUAUCAACUCUACAGAAAUUAAAAGUUGAUAUUGAAACAAAAUUAAAUAUUCUCAGGGGAUCUUUAAAUUUUGAUGAUGUUAAAACAGAAAUAAAUAAGAAAAAGGGUGAAAAAUAUGAACAAAAUAUAAAACUAGAAGUUAUAGAAAAAGAAGUACAAAAGUUGCAGUUAUUAAGUAUUGUACAAGCAGAACUUGACACUGUUUUAUUAAACAAAACUGGAAUCGAUAAUAAACUUAAAAUACUUAAAAACAAAGUGAAUGGUGUGCUAAAAGAUCUACUUGGAUUUAUACCACAGGAAAAACUCAAAUUUGAGUUUACAUCAUUUUUAGAUAAAUUAUCUGAUACAAUUAGAUGCAAUCGAAAAAGUAUAGCUGAAAAACAGAAACAGUUAACUACACUAGAAGCUAAUUAUAACCACACAAAAGAAAAAUUGCGUACAAAACAAAUAGAGCUUUCCAAUGAUGAGAAUGAUUUAAGUGAUAUGUGUCAAGGUCAAGAAUAUGAAACAAUAUUAAAAGAAGUCAAUGAAAAAGUAGAAGAAUUGCAAGCUCAAAAAGGUUCUGUGUCAACUUCUGGUCAUCUUUUUAGGCGAUACAUAAAAAAUUUGGAAGCUCAGGAUCCUAGCUGUCCGUUAUGCCAUCGAUGCUUUGGUUCUGUUGAUGAAGUGACUGAAUUGAUUAAUGAUUUAAAUAUGAGAGUCCACAAAAUUCCAAGUGAAUUAGAGACAACAAUUGCACAAUUGGAAACACUUUUAGAAAAGCAAUCAAAACUUCAACAAUUAAGACCUACUUACACUCGAAUAUCAGUUUUGAAACAAACAGAAAUACCUAAUCUCAAAGAUGAAAUUGAACGUAUAAGUAAUAAUUUAAGAAAAUGUCGUGAUGAACUAACUAAAUUAUCAGAUGAAAAUGGAAAACUAGAAACUAACGAAACAAAUGCAAAAAAUAUCCAAUCUGAUAUAAUAAUGAUUGAUAGUUUUGAUAACGAUGUUAAACGAUAUUCAAAAGAAGAACAGCGUUUAACAACAAAAAUGACUGAAUCUGGUUCCAUUAGAAAUCUUCAAGAAGCAAUUUCCGAAAGGAAUGCUUUGAAGAGCACUAUAAAUGAAAUUUGCAAUGUUUUAGAAAAAAAACAAUAUGAAUUAAACGAAUAUACUGAAACGUUACAUAAAUUACAAACGCAACAAAAUAAAAUAACUAGUGAUGAAUUACAUAUAAAAAGUAAAAUGCAAGAUGAAAAGAGCGUAAUUGACAAAUUGAACGAUUUACAGAAUCUUGAAGCAACAAUAAGUUUAGAAUUGGAUAGUGCCAGAGAAACAUUAGAACCAAUACAAGAGAAGUUGGAUACAUGUAUUAUUACUUUUGAACAAACAAAAAAACAACAAAGCAGACAAAUUGAAAAUAAUAGAAAAGAAAUAAUUAUUCUUGAAAAAAAAAUUCAAGAAAUAAAUAACUUACAGUCUUCAAUUGAUAAUUAUGAAAAAAAAGAAUUUACUCUGCGCAUUAAGGAAACAAAUAAUUUAUUGAAUAAUCUCAAUAAAGAAAAAAUUAAUUACAUCGAAGAACAGAAAAACUUACAAAAACAAAUUGAUUCUAUUAAUGAAUAUAAUGCCAAUCAAGAGGUUAAAAAAAUUGACUUAGAAAACAAUAAAAAAUUAAGGCAAAAAUCAAAGGAAGAAAUUGAAUGUUUAUCUGAAAUAAACAAAUUUCAUGAAGAUUUUGGAACUAUGGAUGUGAACAGUUUGUUAAGUGAAAAAUCGACAAACACAAAUAAACGUCGAACUUUAGUUGAGGAGAAAAAUAAAUCUCUUGGUAGAAAACAAGAGUUGGAUAAUAUCAUUAGGCAUAUUACAGAAGAGUUGACAGCUAUUCAUUUCAAAAAUGCCGAAGACAUAUAUUUACAUGAAAAAGUGCAGUUAGAAAUAUUAAAUCGCGUUGAAAAAGAUCUGACAAAGUACAACAAAGCUCUUGAAUGGGCAAUGAAUAGGUUUCACAAAGAACGAAUGCAAAGUAUUAAUACUAUUAUAAAAAAAUUAUGGAGAGAUAUUUAUACUGGAAACGACAUUGACUAUAUUCAAAUAAAAACAUCUUCUGAUGAUAAACCAAUACAAACAGAUACAAUUAAGAAAAGGGUCUUCAACUAUAGAGUCGUACAGAUAAAGAAUGAUGUUGAAUUGGAUAUGAGAGGAAGAUGCAGCGCAGGCCAAAAAGUUUUGGCAUGCCUAAUUGUAAGAAUGGCAUUAGCAGAAACUUUCAGUAAAAAUUGUGGUAUAUUAGCACUAGAUGAGCCUACAACAAAUUUAGAUGAAUCUAACAUUCAAAGUUUAGCUGAAUCAUUAUCUGAAAUUAUAACACGUCGCAGUUCUCAAAAAUCAUUCCAAUUACUCAUCAUUACUCAUGAUCCAAAUUUUUUACGUAAAUUAUCUGCCAGAGAUAUGGUUGAUACAUAUUAUGAAGUGAAAAGAAGUAAUGAGGGAAUGUCCAUUGUGUGUGAACAAAAUAUAAAGUUCUUACCCUAA